AUGGAAAACAGCCAAAAUAACAAGCAAAGACCUUUGGUCAUUGGAGUAAGAGAUCCUCAAUUAGAUGAGACUGGUGAAAACCAAGUCGGUAAUGAAUUAAGACCCCAAAGAGCCAAUUUUCAUCGAAAUGUUGGUGAGGGUCCCCAAGUCUCAAUUCCCCAAGCUGUUCGAAAUCCUGCUAACAAAAGGUUAGGAAAUAUGAUAAUUGAUGCUCCCAGUGAUGAAGAACCACAGGUUCACAAUGUUGACCUUCAAACUGACCUUCUUCGUGUAUUUACUAUGAUGAUAUUACUUGCAGCAAUGUUUAGUUUUUGGUGCAGUAUCCUUUUACUAUCAAAUCCUAGUACUCGAAAACCUCGAAGAAGUGGCUCAGAAGCUGAUAACAACGCCAAUAAUUUGUCACUUACUCGUCAAAUCCCAGCUACUGAAAUACAACUGAACCCCGAAUUAGAUGGAAAUCUAGAUAUUAGUGCUAAUGUUGCCUCCAGAGCGAAUCCUGGUGAGGAGCUCAAUGUGGUUUCUCAGCCACAAAAUGUCCCCUCUGAUACACGUUUCAUCACCGGUGGUGAUGAAUCUGGAAUGUUAUCUGAUCCCGCAGCAUCAAGACAAGGUGUAGAAGGAGUCAAUACAGAAAUUUUGGUAAACGGAGAAGUUUUGAAUUCUGUCGAGAAUCGCGCAAGAGAUUUAAGUGAAAUAAAGGGUUCACAAUUGGAUGGAACAACCAGAAGUCUCAAAAGAGUUAGAAUUAUUUUUCAAAAACAACCUCCCCUUCAUGAACUCGGCAAUGAAGAUGUGAAUCCUCCAGUUUUAUCGAAUCAGCAAGUAUCCCAAAUCAAUCAACAACUUACUCAUCGCUUUAAUGUCGAGACGGGUUCUGGUUCUUGUAUACCGAAGAAUCCAGUUUCACUUCCUCCUCAACCUGCUAACAAACCCCAAACUAUUGAUGUGCCUCGAUCUGUGAAUCUUCCUCAAAUUAGUUCGCUUGUUCUUUGUCCGGAAUUGAAAGAAAUCUUGAAGAGAUAUCUUCUAGCUAAGAAGCAACUAAUUCAAGUUACGAAAAAGCAGAUUCAAGCUGCGGAAGAACGUAGUUUGAGAGAAGAGCUUGAAAUUGAGGAACAAUUGAAGAACUUAGAUAAAGUAAAUUGA